CCUCUCUUCAGGGCUGCAGCGACAACAACAAGGAAGUGAUUGAGCGAAGAGAGCCGUCCCUGCCGCCGCCGAAAACAGGAGUUGCCGGAACCGCCGCCGUGCCAGCCCGUCUUUUCCCUCCGCGCCUUUCUCGACGCCGCCGCCAUGAACAGCAAAGGUCAAUACCCUACCCAGCCUUCCUACCCAGUUCAACCUCCUGGUAAUCCAUCGGUGUUUCCACAGACCAUACCUCUUCCUCAAGCUCCUCCUUACACUGAAGCUCCUCCUGCUUAUUCAGAACUCUACCGUCCAAACUUUGUGCAUCCUGGAGCUGCCACUGUGCCAACCAUGUCUGCAGCUUAUCCCGGGGCCUCACUGUACCUUCCUAUGGCUCAGUCUGUGGCUAUGGGCCCCAUGGGUUCCUCAGUUCCAUUGGCUUUUUACCCUGUGGGGCCAGUCUAUCCGCCUGGAUCCACCGUUCUUGUUGAGGGUGGCUUUGAUGCUGGAGCAAGGUUUGCAGCAGGUGCCCCUGCAAAUAUUCCUCCCCCUCCUCCUGGCUGCCCUCCAAAUGCAGCCCAGCUGGCUGUCAUGCAGGGCGCCAAUGUGCUAGUGACGCAACGCAAGGGCAACUUCUUCAUGGGGGGCUCGGACGGUGGCUACACCAUCUGGUGAAGGACGGGGGGCUACAUUGGUGUAAAGGAACGACAUCACAUACUGUCAGCACUUCUCACAAUGUAACCGCUUUAGUCGUAUUAACCUGGAGUUGCAGUUUAGACACAUGAUGAUGCGGGGUGUCUUCCUGGUGCCCUGACCCUUCAGGCACUUUUUCUUUUAAAAAUUUUAAAAAACAAAAACAAGGAGCAAACUUUAAAUACAAAACCAUGCAGUGGUAGGAGUGCCUCUCUUAAAUCUUCGGGGGUUAUAUUUUGAAAUUAAUAUGAGCUAAGCUGACCCAUGAGUUUCCCUUUAAUUCCACUGGAGAGUGCUAGAGACUGCAUUAUUCUCCUCUUUCUCUUUCGCUUUUAUUGAUAAACUAUAUAUAUAUAAAAACCAGGUGUGUGGGGGUGGGGCAUGGGAGGGGGUGGGGGGAGGGGCAGAAAUGGAAGGUUGAAAGAAAGCCUGGCUUCCAAGUAUCAACCAUAUAAAAAGCUUGCAGAUAUACCUUUUACCAAUGAAUAGGAAUAAGAGAUUGCAUCUUCUUUCCUCUUCCAUAGAAUCAAUGGUGCUGAGGAGAAAGGUAGCCACACCUAGAUUUUUUUUCAGGGGCAGAGGCAUCCAUGGGGGAUGCCCUGUAAGAGGAAUGGGGCUUUGUGGGUACAGUUCUUGAUUUCAACGCUGCCAUCAGCCCCUUCCACUCACCUUUGCUCUCUGUUCCUUUACUAUAGGAAGGUAUGCAGCUAAGAGCGUUGCCCUGGGAUGUUCUUUUUAUACACUCUUAAAGUGAUCUUGGACUCCCCUUUGCACAUUAAGAAUCUAGCUGAAGCCAUGUUUUGGUGCCAGAAACACAACAUUUCAUCAAAUGCUUCCUGUACGUUUAAAAAUAUUAAUUAAAAAGCUUAAAAUGAAACAAUUUUUUAAAAGGGGGUGGAGGGGGGAAUUGAGCAACCCGGUGUCUUGAUAACAAAACUCUGUACGGAAUGUUAUUCAGGCUAGAGAGACAGGAACGCCUGUGGGAUGUUAUUCAGUGUGCAAGUUUGGAUUUGAUGGAGGUCUUUUUGGGUUUUGUUCUUUUUCUUUUUUUAAAAUAGAUUAAAACUUUUUAAAAACGACUUGGGUACAAUGAAGUCUUAUUAGGAUCAAGAAGAAUAUUUCAGGGAUCUUCAAUCUUUUUUGUUGUUGUUGUUGCUUUUGUUUUUAUGAAUUAAAAAAUUUAUCAGAUCUGGUGAAUAUAUUUUAUCUUAAUUUUCUGUGUUUUGUAUGUGUCAUGGUCCACCAUACAGCUGACUGUUAAUGAAAGGUUGGAAAUUCUAGGUCUCUCUGUAAACACUGUGGUGCACUUAACUUGUGGACUUUUUAUACUAAAACAAGUAGAAUAAAGGCUAUUUUGAAAAUUUGAAUAAAGUGACAAAGUUGAA